CGGACUUUGCUCUUGGAAGACCAUUUCGCUAAUUUAAUCCUUGGCGUCUCGUUUGACUAUCGACCGAUUGUGCUUCGUAUUAUACUUUUGCCAACUAAGGACCAAGACGGAGGAAAGAGGGCUGUACAUAUUCUCGAUUUUGUGGUCUGCGAAGCAGAGGAGAAGGGGGUCCAAAAGAUCAUCGCCGCAAUGUAUUUAACAGUCACCCGCGACCUUCCGGAAGAACUCCUUCCUGCCCAUCCAGCAACCACAGACCAUCCUCCUCGUCAACGAAUCAGCCAACCCGCCAGAGCUCCUCGCCAUGCAGCUGUCACUUCUCUUCGCUGCGCUUUCUGCGCAGGCUGUCCUUGCCGCACCUCGAAUAAAGAGGGACGCCCUCAAAUCGUGUGUGGAGGAGGUUUUUGGAGGGAACGCGGCUCUGCGCAUCGUGACACCGACUGAUCCUACAUACCACGAUGCGAGAAUCGGGGAGGCCAUCCAGUUUACACAGAUGCCAGUGUUGAUUGCUUACGCGGAAAAGCCAUAUGAAGUUGCACCCUUGAUACAAUGCGCAAAGACCAGUGGCAUCAAAGCAGUCCCCAGGACCGGCGGUCACCACUUCCUCGGAUACUCCGCCCUCCAAGACUCUCUCGUCAUCGACAUCACCCACAUCGACUACGUCAACAUCGCAGCAGACAAAAAGACCGCCACUGUCGGCGCCGGCAUCCGCUUCGGCGCCCUCUACACGGCCCUCGGCCAGCAAGGCCUCGACUGGACGGGCGGCAUCUGCCCCACAGUCGGCAUCUCAGGCUUCCUUUCCGCGGGCGGCUUCAACAUGCAGAUGCGCCAAAACGGCCUCGGCGUCGACAACGUCGAGUCCGCAAAGGUAGUCACCUCGAACGGCUGCAUCGUAACAGCCUCCCGCGACGAGAACGCCGACCUCUUCUUCGCCAUCCGCGGCGGCGGCGGCGGAUCCUACGGGGUUGUCAUCGAGUGGACGCUGCGCAUGUACGAGUUCCCGCGCUCCGCCAUGGUGUACCUGCAGUGGAACGGCUCCGACACGCGGUUCGAUAUCGCAAAGACGUUCCACGAGUGGGCGCCCCGCGCGGACAGCGCUCUCAGCUCGCAGGUGAACUUGUACAAGAACCGGACCGACGUGAUUGGGUGGUGCUACGGCUGCACCCUCGACAAGCUGCAAGGCAUGGUGAACGCCUCGGGACUGCUGGCCAUCGGGAAGCCGGCGGCGUACAUCUCGGGUGGGUGUAACACCAUCAACGCCCGCCUCUUCGGCUACGGCGUCAACGAGUGCGGCGCCGACGAGGCCGUCGCGCAAGUCGCGCCGUUUGUUGUCAACACGAUACAGCAGCCGUUUGUCCAGCUGCCGGGGUAUGCAAACUUCACUUACAACGAGACGACAAAGGCGCCCGAGCUACCUCCCGCACAGCCAUGGGCGCGCUUCAUUCGCCUGUCCAAGUCGUUCAUGGUCCAAAAGAAUAGGCUCCUCACAGAGGAGACGAUGAGGAACGCCAUCUCGCGGAUCGACGAGCUCGACGACGCGGCGCAGGGGUGGAUCGAGUGGCACGCGUGGAACAUUUCGGUCGCGGGCGAUGCGGCAUUUGCGUGGCGCGAGCAGGCGUAUUCGCACAUGGAGUUCAUUGUGUCUAGCUCCGCGGAUGAGAGGGUCCAUUCUGGCUAUGUGAAGUGGUUCAAGAGCCUGGAGGAUUACCUGCGUCCGCUUGUUGGAAUGGCGAGUUACUCGGGCUACAUGGACGACACGAUUUCUACCCCUCCGCUUGAUUCGUACUAUGGCGGCAACGUCGCAAAGCUGUCUCAAAUCAAGUCCAAGUACGAUCCCCAGGGCUUCUUCGCGAAUCCUCUUAGCAUCAAAGCUCUGUACCCAAACCAGACCGUAACUGGAGACAGCUGUCUGUAGAUAAGGUGAAGACAGAUCAGGGUACAAGGUUACCGAAGAACCGUAUGACUGUGACGUCAGAAUAUAGUGUGCUUGAUGACAAGCUGUAAGUCAGUUCUAGAGCGAGAGAUCUCCGUC